GCAAAUUGCGUCGAUCCGAUUUACGGCCCCUUCAAACAACCACGCCAUUCCAACGUAGUCGUUUCACGUUGAAGUCCUAAAUAGUCAAAGCACCACGCCUCAAGAAAACGGCGUGGUAUGACCGCUGAGUGUCGAAACGGCAUUGCGUUUUAGACACUUACCCAACAGUCUUCUCCUUCGUCCUCACUGAUUCAGUAAAGGUGGGAGCUUAACCGAAGGAGCAACGGCAUAACCGCCUACUCAAAAGCUCGGAGGAGUAAUGAACGACCUCUCUAAUGGCGUCCUGAGAGACCACGGUGGCAGAGCCUUGAAGCCCAUUCCGUCUCUGGUUCUCUACAUUCUCGUACCCAUUUUUUUUCUGGGCCUCUCCGUCUCAAUCUUCAUCCUCAUUGUCGUCCGCAACGCCUUCUUCUUCGUCUUCUUCCUCCUGCUCUCCGUCCUCGUCGCCGCCUUCGUCGUCUGGAAUGUACGGCACUGGGCGACCAAAGCUGCCGUCUUUUGGUUCCUCGACUCGGUUCCGGAGUCCGACCUCCGCCUCGCCCAGCACGGACAGCUCGUCAAAAUUACUGGGAUUGCAUCAUGUGGGAGUCUAUCCCUUGAAUCUUCAUAUGAAAAAGCUACCGGCUGUAUCUAUGCCUCUACUCUUUUAUAUGAAUACAGGGGAUUAACUCUACAGCCAGGGAAUGUCAAGAGAUCAUGCUUCCAGUGGCAUUUAGCAUAUUGUGAGAAUGUUAAGUUUAGUCCCCACAUCCUUCUGAUCAUCUUGCACCUCGACUUUGGACUUCAUUUGGCCGAUGGAGUAAAAAACAUGAUCCAAAUAAUUUAUUGCUGCCCAUUUAGCUCCUUAUUUGCUCGUGGCUAAAAAUUUUGGUGUAUGUUUCUCAUUGUUCUCAAUUAGAACUUCAUGUCUUCUAUCCGGGAGCUUUGUCUGAUUAUGUCUUUUGCUAUCUUUUGUCUCCUUUACAUUGGCAAGCUUACAUCAAUUUCACUCAUUGUUUUUGUGAUGCUCGGUCUUUUGUGCGAUGAAGCUUUAGAGGUUUGAAGGCCUCAGGCCUUUCCCUUUUGUUGCCUUGGGAUGGCUUAUCCUGCAUUUUUUAAGCAUCUACUGUUUCCUGUAAUGGUCAAGGACCCAAGGUAAUUGGAGGAAAGAUGAUGAUGGUAAAAAAAAGUUUGAAGAUAAUAUGUGUGACUUGUAAUCUAUAUUUGGCUAGUGAUUAGUUCCAAUAGUUAAUUUGUAAUUAGUACAAAUAAUACACAUUUGAAGUCUCUCGUUUGUUUCUAUGCUUCGUAUGCUUUAAUAUUUCAAGUUGUUUGUGACUUUGCCAAAUCGAAACUUCUCAAACGUACUGGUGUAAUUAAACCAACCAAAUGAAUCUAUUAUUUUCUUUUUGUAGAUAAUAAGAAAAUUUCUGCAGAUCUUUUUGUCUAAAAUUUUUAUUUGCAUUUCUAUACUAGUAUCUGAAUCAUGAAGAAAAUAUCUGUGUACUUAGAAUUGUAAUUGUUUUUUUUUCUUCUUCGGCUUUCCACCUGACAGAGAUUCUCCACAGACUUUUACUUAACCGAUCAAAAGUCUGGUCUUACAGCUAUUGUCAAAGCUGGGUUCUGGUUGCAAAGUUAUCCCACUAAUUGUCGAGAGCAAACUUGUCAACACUAAAAGAUGCAGAAUCCUCUCUCCUCACUUGAGGAAAUGGUUAACUGAGAGAAAUCUCUCAUCUGAAUCCCGUCUACUACGUCUGGAGGAAGGGUAUGUUCAAGAAGGCAGCUCAGUGACAGUAUUCGGAAUGUUGCAUAGAAACAAUGACAUGACUACAAUUGUUCAACCGCCAGAAGUAAUCUCAACCGGGUGUCUCUGGCGAAAACUGCUUCUCCCAGUUGACGUAGAUGGGAUGAUCCUAAGGGUCUAUCAAACGGCCGCUGGGCAUUCAGUCAACCAAGAUUCAAUACAACAGGCAGAAAGAUGGUAGUAGGUAGGACAAGAUUUUUGGAUGAUAACCCAAUUCCCUUUCAAUAUGUACACCUUCAACUAAUCACUAAUCACCAUGCAGACCUUCUACGACUGUACUAAGCUUGUAACAUUAUUUUGCUUUUGAAAAUGAAAACGGCUUUUUUUCCGAUUU